GACUGCUCUGCUUGUCUAUCUAGAACUAGACUGUUAUGUGUGGGGUGGGGCAGGGGGAGUGGGGAAGGAAAUGGGCUGACCGAGAGAGGCUUGUCUUUAAUGAAGGCCCCAUCCAGAGCCAGAUGGCGUUUAAUGAUUGCUUUAGUUUGAACUAUCCUGGCAACCCCCAGCCAGGGGACUUGAUUGAAGUGUUUCGUCCUGCCUAUCAGCACUGGGCCCUGUACUUGGGUGAUGGUUAUGUUAUCAACAUAGCACCUCUAGAGGACGGCAUUCCUGCAUCAUUUACAAGCGCCAAGUCUGUAUUCAGCAGAAAGGCCCUGGUGAAGAUGCAACUCUUGAAAGAUGUUGCAGGAAAUGACACAUUCAGAAUAAACAAUAAAUACGAUGAAACACACCCUCCUCUCCCCAUAGAAGAAGUCAUGCAACGGUCAGAGUUUGUUAUUGGACAAGAGGUGGAGUAUGACAUACUGGCCAACAACUGUGAGCAUUUUGUGACUUUGCUCCGCUAUGGAGAAGGAGUUUCAGAGCAGGCCAACCGAGUGAUAAGUACCAUUGGGUUUGUGACAGCUGCUGCUGGUGCCUUCUCAUUUUGGGGCUUGUUUCCAAAAAGACAAAGAGCAAAAUAUUAUACUAUUAACAAUUUAUUGAAGAGGUAUUUGAACUGAAGGAUUUUGUGAAGAGGGAAAAAAACAAAACCUGGGAUGAACUUUUAUUUUCAAUACAUCAUUAUUGUUCAAAAUCCCAAUGAUGGAUGGCCGGCUCUUUAAUAAAUUGCUUACUGAUAUUAUCUCAUCACUGAGCCAAGGAAAUUUUUCUCCCUGCUAGCAUAGAUUUGCGGUGGCAGCUUGAACAAGAAGCGGUAGCCUUUUGAGUAAGUCAGCAGAGGCUCUUAACAAAAUCACAUUAUAUUUUAUCUUCUACGAUAAAUAUUAUUUUUUCCCCAAGGGUAGCUAUUAUGUAUUUGUCAAAUGGAAGAAGAACAGAGUAUAUGUGAUUUAAAAUAAAAAAUGAUAAGAGCCCCAAAUUGUUUGGUUUGACAUCUAAAUUCAAAUUCCUUUUCUGGUGAGAAAAGAGACUGGGAAAUUCAGCCUUUCAUUAGGCGUUUGAGGAACUUUGAUUAACAAGCCGUCUGAGGGUGUAUCUCCUUGCUCCAGUGUAGAUUGGGUGGGGGAGUGAUGAAGGGGUUCUCUGCUUCACUGUUUCAGAUCCAGUGAUUUUCCUGGAAGCAACUCAUUUGUCAGGAGUAUAUGACAAACAAGAGUGGGCUGUUACUAUUACCUAUAUUGGUCCCUUUGGCUUUUGAGUAUUUCAAGGGUUUGACCAUUUUAACCUUAGAAAGAGAUCAUUAAAGUAGGUUUAAGGUGCCAUUUUAGAAAACAAUAUCCCAUGUUAUUUUUUAAGGCUUUUGCUAUAAGUCAAGGAGGGUCAUGACUUGAUUCUCGCACUUUACUGACCAUGUGUUGAAGGAAAAAAGCUACUUUUUAAUACCUUUCCAGUGGAAUUCCUGUUGGCAGCAAGUGGGGGGAAAUGGUCUCUAUACCCUAGGACUAUAUCAGACUUUAUAACAUUACCAUAAAAAACACACUAGUAGCCAAUGACACCCUUCUUGUGACAUCAUUAAAAGCAUGGCAUUAAAUAAAGGACAAGUUCAAGUAAAUAUUAAGAGGGAUGUGCAACAAGGGAACUAGGAAUAUGGUGGAUAAAGUAGCUAAACAGAAGACACAGUAAAAGACUUGGACCUAUUCAACUGAUUGAGAUUUUACUCUGAGGCCAAAAAUACUCUAUAAUCUAAUUGCAGGGUUAAGGAUAAUGAUAACAGAAGAUGUCAUGUGCUCCAGUCCGCUCAAGUAGAGACCUUAUCCCUCUUCCUUGUUCCCUGACUAAUCCCUUCCCUGUCUUAUGGCACCAUCUGUCUCCAGAUAACCCCCAAACUCUCUUUCCCUCCACUGAGCCUCUGGAGAGGUAUGAGUGUCUCCUAGAUACCAUAAUUCAAAAAUUACCCCUUCAUUUUUAUUCUAAAUUUAGUUUCUUAUUUAUUCUAUGUCCUAUUCUCAAGUAAUAGUUAAAAAAAGAAAAAGGCACCUUUCUAGUAUUCUCAAACUAGGGUGAGAUUGACAUCAGUUUAAUGUGAUUGACAUCAGUUUACCAUGUUACCUUUCCAAAGGUGUAUUUACCUUUUUAUAAAGGAUGACUGCAGAGGGGACAAAUCUUAACACAAAGCAGGAGACUUGGGUGUGGUGGAAUUACAACACUGGCAGAUGGGAGAGGGAGCAGAAUUGGGGACAGACCUUCUGAGUGACCUCAGGUCAAACCUUUCUAGAGAACCCUGGACUUCUCCACUCCAGAAGACAGUCCUUGCUAUGCUGGCUAAUGUCACAAAUGCACUUUUUAAAAAAAAAUCAUGAAUUCAUUUUUCACAAAGGUAGUGUUCAGGGUUCCAGCAGUUUUCACCCUUAGAAGUAAGCUUACCAAGUUAGUCAUCAAUGUUCCCCCAAAACUGACCACUCUUGUUGAUGGGCACCUUAUGAUUGUCUGUUUGUCCUGUAGUUGAUCAUUUGAUACACAGCCAUGCUCAUUGUGCUUUUAUCAACUUUUCCCCCAAGACUAUUACAUCUUCCUCUGAGCAUAUUUUUAACAAAGUCAAGUACAGAGUUCAACUUUAUCAUAUUUCAUCUCCAGAAAGAUGUGUGAAAUGCAGAUUAUCAUCUAUGAGAUAUCAAACAGGUUGCUGGAAAAACUAGGGAAAAAAGGUUGUUCAUUUAUUGAAUCAAGAUUUUUAAAGACCUUUUUAUGCUAUCUAAAUGUCAUAGCGUGUCAACUGAAUCUUCUCAUUCUAAAGGUCAAAUUACUAAAUACAGAUAUAUCAGCUCAAGGACCUGAGUUACUAUAUUUUUUAUGUUGAUAUACAUUUCUUAAUUGUAAGCUAAAUAUCUGUUUUAUCUUUUUGUCCAUUGUUAGUAGCCACUAAAUUAGACACAUUUUGAAAAUUAUCACUCUCCAAGAGCUGUGCACCAAAGAAAAGGUUAAAAAGCAAAUAAAAUGUAAAUAUAGAGUGUUUUUAUAGAUAUUUGCACUUAUGCUGCUGACUUGUGUAACAAAAUGCAUACUAUUUAUAGCAACAAAUUAAUGAAAUGUUGAAAAUGUUUUUUUUCAAUUCUAAAGACUUCAGAAUUAUAAAUACAUUAUUGAAUCCAUACAUCACAGUGUUAGGCACAUAAUUGGGACUCAUGGAAUGGGACUGGUUACCUAAUUGCCUGUGGACUGUUAAAGAUCUGUAAAGUUUGCAAAAUUAGGUUUAUUGUUGCAAGGAAAGCCUAGUAGGAAAUAUAAAAUGUUCACUAUGAAUAAAUGUCCUCUCAAGUUCACAGUGAGGUGAUAUGUUAAAGGUAAUAGUGUACACAAUAUAUUUGUAAAGGAUGUACUAUUUCUUGUGGUGGUUAAUGUACAUCUAAUAAUUGAUUUAGAUAAUAAAAAGAUGCAAUGGAACUUAAGCUUGUUUAGUAGCCUGUUAAUUGCCAUGCCGUAGAUAAAAGCAUUAUGGCACCCUCCCCUGGGAUUGUUUUUUUAAGAUGAGCAAUGCUGAGUUUGGGCCAACGUUUAGAGUUAGAACUUGAGCUUUUCAUCUGUCAGUAAAAAAGAGUAAAUAAAAGUACUAUGCUUCUUUAAAUGAAAAGUACAUUUUAACGGUUUAUUUUAUUACCUUUGUGUGUUCUGGACCUAUUCUAGUCCACUGGCCCCCAAACAAUAUAUACUUUGGGGGAUGCCAAUUUGGGUGGAAUUUCUUUAGAUGUUAACUGUGCCCAAGCCAAGAUUAUAUGCAAUAAACAGAAAACCUCCAUCAAUCUUCACCCCCACAUAGCUCCGGCUUACUACAGUUACAGUUGAAUUUUCUGAAGUAAAUGUCAAUUCUUGUUUUUCUGUUAAAACCAUACAAAAGAAGCAAAAAAGAGGAAUUCUGUGACCUUGGAAAAAGAUAUGUACAUAAAUGUCCUUCGCAAGUAAAUAUAAAGUUAAACUUGUGACAUUUUAUUGAGAGAAGGUUUUUUUGUUUCAAAUUCUUUUUAUUCUGUAGAUGAAAA